AUGGACAAGGCGAGCUGCCCCGGCUGCGGCGCCGUGCUGAUCGCGUGCUGCCUCCUCGCUGUCUGCUGCAGCCCCGUCGCCAUCUCUUUGCUGCUGCGGAGCCAUUCGGGGGACGACGAGAACGAGAGGCCCAUCUUCGGGAUAUUGGCACAGGAAUCUGACUUCGAAAGCUUCCAAAAAUAUGGAAGUUCUUAUAUUGCUGCUUCAUACGUAAAGUUCAUUGAAUCUGCUGGAGCUCGUGUAGCACCGAUAAGACUAAAUCGUUCAGAUGAAGAAUAUAAUAAGGUUUUCCGCUCCAUUAAUGGGAUACUUUAUCCUGGAGGUGGUGUUAGCCUUAACACUUCUGAAUUUUCCAGGGUUGCGAAGAUAUUCUACAAGAAAGCACUAGAGGCUAAUAAGAGAGGAGACUAUUUUCCUGUAUGGGGAACAUGCCUGGGACACCAGCUGCUCACCUAUCUCACCUGCGGAGAGAACUUGCUGACUUGGACUAACACGGAUAAUCUUGCACUUCCACUGAAUUUUACGAAAGAUGCCAAAGGCAGCAGGAUGUUUGCACGUUUUCCUGACGAUUUGCUGAAAGAGAUGGCUUCUGACCCUGUGGCUGCAAACUUCCAUUUCUGGAGCCUUUCUGUGAAGAAUUUUACAAAUAAUGAGAAAUUGCGCAGUUUCUAUAAGAUCUUGACAACCAACGUCCAGGGCAAUGUAGAGUUUGUAUCCACCAUGGAAGCUUAUGCCUUCCCAGUGUAUGGUGUCCAGUGGCAUCCAGAGAAAAAUCCAUUUGAAUGGAGGAACAAAACAGGCAUACCACAUUCUCGAUCAGCUAUGCAAGUAACAUAUUAUAUCGCUGACUUCUUAGUUAAUGAAGCCCGGAAGAGCAACCAUCGGUUUUCCAGCAAAAAGGAAGAGACAGAGGCUCUGAUUUAUAAUUUUAGCCCUAUUUUCACUGCGAAUAUUUCUUCAUUUGACCAGGCUUAUUUUUUUGACUAA